UUGGGUGACUCUCAGAAUCCCACGUGCCCACGCUCCCAGCCGCCCCAAACCCAUAUGCUAUUAUGUGCAUCUCCUCCUCAAACCGUGAAUUCCCAGCCCUCCAGCCUCCCUGGCUUCCACGUCUUUGCCACUGUGGUUCAAGCACGUUCGGGUUGAUCCACUUCGGUCAUUUGCCCAGUGUUUUCUCUACAAGAAGACCGUCCGCCCCGUGCGGUAUGACAAGUUCCACGAACAGGGCAGUCGUAAUCCUUGCCAUUGCUCUUGUUGCCGUGGGUGCUCACGGACAAAGUCCAGAUGCUGCCCGGGAGUUCCAUGUCACGUUCCCUUUGUAGGAUCAUGUUGGCAACGUGUUGACGCCAAGUUUACUUGAAGGCCUGAAUCUCUUCACAAGCGACAUUGCGAAGCAUAUUCAGGAGCUUGCGGCACAUCCGCCACCGUGCCAGCGAAGCACUCAAUGUGGCGAACCUUCAAGCACUUCUCGGAAGGCCGUCAUGUGUGCCGCUGCGCGUCUCCACUUGUUGAGGAGCUCUCAUGCUCAGGCUCUAGCCUUGUAGAAAGCACACGCCGGAUCGGCGGGUGUAUUCGGUGCGUCUCGGGAGCUGUCGGGUGCCUCUUGCGGCAAUGUUGGGCCAUAUUCGCGGCCACGGUGGCGGUCCUCCCCUACUCGGACUCCGACAGAAUUCUCGUCCUGGCUUCUGCCACGCUUGAACGUACCAGGGGGGCACGGUGGCGGAUCAAAGGCACCGCCGCGGCGGAUGAUGAGCUAUGGGAAGAUGAAGACUUCUUGAAGUUUAACAAUGUGUCAAGCAGCAGCGCAUUCUGUUUCACUGUUCUGAACGACACCAAUCCUGCAGAGCAAGAUCGAGAUGAAGAGAUCUUUCAACUGUCAGCUGCGACUUUUUCUGGCAACAAGACGGGGGUUGUCACUUCCAAGAGCGGCCAUAAGGUCGGGCACUGGUGCUGCCAAGGGCACCUGCCCAAUCGGAGCCAGCUAGCCUCGACAAAUUGCUACCAGACAGACAAGCAAGGGACGCUGGAACAGGUCCGUGUGGGUGAAGGCCUCCUCCAAACGGCCGUCGGUGCAGACGGCUCAGUCGUUGCCAGUUCAGUCAAGAAGCAUGCCUUCUCAGGCCUGAUGCGUUCCGACAAGACCGCGGCACAGGGCGAUGAAAUGAUGAAGGACCCGAGGAUAUUUCCGACCCAGAUCUUCAUGGCUUCGUUGCGCGAAGGUGUGGACAGUGACUCGCUUGCGUUAGCGGUGGAGCAAGUCGCUCACCUUGCUCGGGCAACCAGCGGGCUCAUUGUUGUCGACCAGCGACUGCUCGCCAGAUUGAUGAAGGAGUUGGGAAGCCACCCGGCGCGAUUCAGAGUGAUAGAAAAGCCCUUUUGGGUGUUUAUGUUCUGGGUCGGUGUUUACACGUUCCAGAUACUUGGUUCAUGGGCGAUCGGCUAUGGCAUCGAGCAAGCCUUCAAGCACCGUUGAUCUAACUAUGGCCACGCCUUGACCUUGCGCAUUGCAUGGUUCCCUUUGCGCCGAAAAAAUAUGAUGGCUGUGGGUGCCGCAAUUCUGGGGAUCCUCUUCGGUGGAUUUCCAUAUGGGGCCGGAAUGAAUGAAAGACGCGGCCGUUGGACGAAGCAUCUCGUCGGAGUGCUGCUUUUGUUGCCCGGCCACACUACGGUUCUCCAAAUCGGACGUUCCGGGCCCUCGGUGGCUGCCCAGCCAAAUCACAGUACAUCAGUGCGCAGCCAGGCAGAGCCGCGGCAAAAUCUAGGGUUGCGUAUAGAGUGCUUCCAUAAGCACAGUAUUCUGAGGUACCCUGAUCGGGCCUUAAGGUAAUUAGUCUGUGGCAGUACCAUCAUUCAGCGUGGUACCCUUGCAGGCAGUCGCCACAACCAGCUUUGAAUGAAGGCCCGGAGAAUUCACCAGAAAGGACAAAGUUACCUGCCAAAUUCUGCUAUCGGAAGUUUUGUUUUGUCUUGCGUUUGGAAGUUUAAUGCGCUCGAAGGAUCAUACCGUGUCGCGGAGUGUUGGAACCCGUCAUCCUGCUCGCCGCUC